ACAGGGGUUGUAGUCGCCCAGCCUGCACGAAGCCCUGGGCUCUACCCAAGACAGCAGGAGGGUGUGSAUGGGGUUGAAGCACCGCGUUGGAAGUGUGCUGCAGCCAGUACUGCUCUUCUGAAUUAUUACAGUUUGACCACUUAGUGUGAGGAAAUGCACUACCAGGUUGAAAAACCUGUCCAAACUCAAGGCUUAUUUUCAGGUUUUUUUGUCCUGUGCUUUAGAAAUCUUGAUCAUUAUUCAUGCAUCCAAAUGUCUCCUAGAAAGCCAAACCCUUCACAUAGCUCACCACCCAUUGAGUAACCGGGCGACUGCACGCGCCGGAAGGAGACCUGCUAUGCGCUUCCGAUUUGUCUUCAAGCCCCGCCYCCUACGUUUCCGGGAAUUGGCGAUGGCGUCAUCACCGAGCGCCAGGCUCACAGAGCGUGGAACUUGGCGUCUUGACUAGCGGAGAUGCUGAGCCGGCUUCAGGAGCUGCGCAAAGAGGAGGAGACGUUGCUGCGACUGAAGGCGGCCCUGCACGACCAGCUGAACCGCCUCAAGGUUGAAGAAUUGGCCCUCCAAUCAAUAAUCAGUUCUAGAAAAGGGGAUGAGAUGCUGUCUUCUCAGCCUGGUAUACCAGAACAGUCACAUGAUAUGUUGAUGCAUGUAGAUAAUGAAGCAUCGAUCAAUCAAACUGCACUAGAAUUGAGCACAAAGAGCCAUGUGAUGGAAGAAGAGGAAGAGGAAGAAGAAGAAUCAGAUUCCUAAAGGAGGAUGAGACCCAGGAUUUGUUCUAAAAAUCAUAUUUCUAAGCCUCAGAUACUUCUUCAGAGAAGUCCUAUGGCCUACUUGAAAGGAAAGCAAGAAUCAUAGGAGGAAUGUGUCAUUGUACAAGUGGCUUCAUCAGUAAUAACUCAAGUUCCAGAAUGUUUUAGGAAAAGUAAAACAUAGUAACAAAAUCAAAGAUAUAAUGUCUUAAAGUUGAGCAGUUUGGAUGGUGAAGUGUCUGUGACAGGAUUAGAUUUAGUAAUUAUGUUCAAAAUAAAAUUUCUUCUGAAAUCCUACUGAGAAAGUCUGGAAUUUGCAAAAGGCAGAGUUUAAAUAUAAGCUAGGCUUUCCAGUCAACAAGUCUUUCAGAAAAUCCAGUUAAGAGCUGUUUGUGUGCGAUUGAACCCUUGUGAACAGUUAGGUCACAGUCUAGGAGAGAAAGAUAACAAGACGAAGGACAGGGCACUUGAGAGCACAAGCUGCUGCCACGUUUCGGAGACAUGGAAACACUGCCCACCUUAGACUGCUUUGUGUGGCUGUUACYACAUCUAGCUUGAAACAUCGCUGAUAAAAGAUGCUUCAGAAUAAAUUAUAAAUAACCAUCAUAGACCUUGCUGGUUUCCAGAUACAGAGGGAGAAAGCAGCAUUUCCUCCUCUGAGGGAAAUGGCAAGAUGGCAUAAAAUAAGAUCCAUUUCUGGCCCUUAAAGAAGAAAUGUGUCAUUAAAGAAGAUAUCACUAUGCUUGGGAGAUUGGACUUUUAUAAUAAAAGAGAUGAUAGCUGCAGAAUAAGAGUUGUUGAACUUUGUAUUUGAAAUUGAGAUUUAAUUCUGCAUAUUGUCCCUUUUCUACUGAGUAGUCACUUAAUUCUAUAAUUUCUUCUCCAGCUAACAGCCAAUGCAAACUAAGAAUGUCUUCACACAGAACUUAUGUAGCUGUUCCAGAAAAAAAAGAGGAAUAUACUUUAUUUGUUGUUAAUGUUUCAUUGAGGUUAUUUUAAGCUACUCUUAUAGGAAAGAGCAGGAAGUUUAAGUGAUAUGUUCCUUAAAACACAGUGAAGACAGUUUUGGAACAAAAUUUAUCAAGGUAUACAUUUUUGGGGGUCUGAUUUAAAACAUGAACAGGGUUUUUCAAGAGCCGGAAAAGUUCACUGUGUAUUCUAGCUCUACUGCUGACUGGUAACUGGUUGCUUGUUUUCACACCUCUUCGCAACUCUACUUUUACAUCUGUAACAUGAGGAUAAUCACAUCUGCUCUAGCAGUUUCACAGGUUAAGAUGCCAAUGAGGUAUCAUCUAAAAACCCAACUGUUACUGGUGUYUCAGUAAAAGGAAGUUCGAGACAAGAAUCUGACUAAGAACUCAAAGCACUGAUGCUGGGAACAUCAUUCUUGAAAACAAGAUCAUUCUUGGUUAAAAAAAAAAAAAAUUACUGGAAAAAAAUCUUUUGACACUAAAAA